AUGAACGAGUUGUAUUUUCCCUUUGCAUAGUCCUUUGUAAAUCCUCCAGCCACUAAUGAACUCAUAAGCUAACCAGUUGAGAGUGGAGUGGGUGGAAGUCCUUAAUUCUAGUCUAAGAACUCAGAGUUCAUAAACAUUAAUGAGUUUAUGCAUCUACAGCAGUAGCAAGACAGUUUAAAUAUGGAUAGCACCAAGAUUAAUGAUUAUCGAUCAAGGUACUACCAAUCAAGUAACCCCUAGCAGACCAAAAUAUUAAGUGAAAUAACUGAGAAAGGCAAGAAUAGCCACAAAAACUCAAAAAUCCAAAUCCCCUACAGUCCAUUGUCGCCAUCAAUUACUCCCCUUGUCAUGGCUAUGGGCAAGAUAUAGGAUUAAUCUAAUUAGUAAAUGAGGAAAUUUGAAAGGAUUUAGGGGCAAGGCAAGAUAACCACUAUCAAUGCUUUAGAAUUAGCACCUGUGAGGAAUAUUCAGAGAGAUGCUUAGUCAAUGGUAGUGUCAUCUAAAAAGGCAAAAAUUCUAAAAAAACAUAAUAUGCACGGAUUAGAUACAAACUAACUCAAGCAAGAUGUACUCAAACUUAAAGCUAACUCUAACAACAUUGAUGAGUAAUUCCAAAUAGUAUAGUAUCAAUCUCAACUCCCUUCAAUAAUAAACGAGUCUAGCUGGAACGCUAACCUGCAAAAACGAAACAAUAUGUAAAAAAACAUCUACAAUCAUAAGUCAUCAAAUAACCAUAAUCCUCAUCCGUAUCAUCAAAACAUCUAAUUGCAAAAUCAAAUAAACUAAAAAUCCUAAAAAAGAGAUGGUAAUUAUAAUUAAGGCUAUAGAAAUUAGAUGCAGUAAUUAGUACUAAAUCAGCAAUAAUCAGAAGAUAAGUAGAAAUCAAAGAAGCAUAAAAAUUUCAAUAAGACUGCCAACCUUACUGACUCCUAUGACAUGGAUCAAUAAAUAAUUAACUAGGCAAGAGCAUCUACCAAUCAAAACAGGAGUCCUGUGCAUGUCUCUGAUAAUCAUAUCAAACUAAAGUCAAGGGACUCAUCUUUGUAAAAGUUAAAGUUUGACAAAGCAAAUUAUCAACAGUAGAUAAACUAAAUUAUUAAUAAUCAGAAAUAUAUUCAGCAGCAGUAUCUCAAGAAAAUUAAGUAGCCUGUGAACCAAUACGGAAUACCUGAGAUUAUGAUUGACAUAAACAAAUUCAUUAAGGAUUCUGAGAUGGGAAGAGCUCCUCACAAACCCAUUACUUCUACGUUAGUUAAUCAAUACAAUACGAUCCAGCAUGAUGGUAGGUAUAGUAUUCAAAUGGGAAACCAGUCUACUUUAAAUCAGUCAUCUAUUAUGUAAACCAGAGACAACUAGACUUCUAAUAACUUGAGAAGAUCUUAUAUGAACAUGAAGAUAGACGCUUCUUAAUUAGAAUAGUUGGACAAUGAGGACUUGGAGUAUGACAAGAGGCAAGAGAUAAUAUACCAUAUCUUAAAGAAAUAGCUAGAUUAAAAACGCAGAGAGAUUGUUAGGUAUCGUAAAAUGAAGAGAGAGAUGCUUAGGUAGAGUUAAAAUGAUUAGAAUAAAAAUCAAGGACCUACUCAGCCACUUAUAAGUGAGAGGGAGAAGAGGAGACAGUAGUAUGAAGAAGAACGAAUGAGGUCACUCUCCCCUGAGUUAGUCAAAAUUAUCAACAACUUAACCAAGUAGAGACAUCACAAUAAGUAUUGUAGAUGUUGCAGAUAUGAUUCUGAAACAGCUUAGUUAGCAGAACAUUUGAAAUUAGCCAAUUAUGAUCCAAACUAUCUCAUCAGAUACAUGAAGAAAAUUAAAUAUAUGAAUUAAAAGCUCUAUGAAGAGGGUGGAGCUGAGCUAUAUAAUAGAAGAGCUGCCACAGGCCAGUAAACAGGAGCAAUUUCCUUGAGGAAGCUGGCUCACGAUGAUUCAAGGAAUAUCCAGUAAAUUCAAGAAGACACUGGCAAAACUCAGGGUUCAAAGCUCAUGAGCGAUAAUAGCUUUGUUAAAAUUGGUGGUUCACCACCCAAGGGGAUAACUAGUAAAGAAGUUAAUAUAUAAACAAGGAGCGGAACUCAGCCUUAAUUUAAACAGAAAAGCAGAUCUCCUGGUACUAGUUCAAAUGGUAAAAAAUCCAAAUAUGCUGGAUCUAAUCAUAGGUAGACAAAGAAUAGACUACUGGGAUAUUACAAUAAAGAAAGACAUAUAUGCUCUACUAAUCAUAAUCCUAGUGAAAUGGCAAAUCGUACAAUGAGUGCAAAUAAAACAUUCAGUCCUUAUGGAAGGGGUUUGGAAUUCAUAGAUAUGGAAUUGAGACCAGUUAGUGAGCCUCCAUCAAUGAGAGAUGCUUGUUUAUCAGCAUUGGAUUUCAGCUUUCACGAUAUGUCUAUGCAAGUCGAUCCAAAAGAUGUAGCUGAGUAGAUCCUAUAAACUAUGAAGGCCGAAGUCAGAAGCAUUCAGAUGGAGACUCUGUAUUCAGGAAAAAUGGUUGAUGCUGCAAUUGAAACUGAGAAAGAAGUUGAUUUAAGAAAGAGAACCGAUGGUAGCUUUGGCAUUAUUGAAAUGUUUGCUGAAUAAAUUGAAAAUGACCAGGAGUAUGUCAAUUACGAUUGGAAAUAGAGUGGACUAUACGAAUUGAUCUAAAAUCAAUACGACUAAUUUCGAGGGAAGUAAGGAGCGAAAUCUCAAAAGAGUUUGAAGGAGUAGAGUUAGUAGGAGGAGAAUAUGCAAGAUGCUUCUGCUUAUAAUAAUACCAAGAAUGACCUUUAAGCUAGGCAAGAAGACAUUAAUAAUCUAAAUCCUGAUAAGGAGGACAUAUACACUGAGAUGGAAGUCUAAUAUAUGGCCACAUUGCUAAAAAAGAAAGCCUAGAGCUACAACAAUAAGGAUAUGCUUGGCUAGGUCCAUGUUAAGGCAAGAAAGACUUUAGAGGUGUUAAAUGAUAAUUUAAUUUCUGGAGAUGUCCCUAUAAAGAAUAUAUUCUAGUUUUACAAGGAGCCUAAACGAGAGAACAUUAUAAGAUUACUGCUAAGAUGCAAGAAAAUGUAUGAAGCCAGAGUUGAUGUAAAGAAAAUUCUUAUGAUGAUGAUUACCUGGACAGAACUGAGAAAUGAGAUCUAAACAAUAAGAGAAUAACCAGUCAAGAAAUUUAGAUAGUCAGAUAUGGACCUUUUCACUAAUGGAAUGUAAGUUUUGAGAAGAAUUGAGAGGGAGUUGAAUGUGUUUAAACAAGAGCAUAAGAUUUUCAGUGCCAAAUUUAUCUUCAGAUCUAAUGAUUAGUAUAAUGAAAUUCCAUCAAACUUUGAAGAACUUGGCGUCUUCAUAUAAUUAAUAAAGGAAUUGCCAUAGCAAUAAGAAGAACAAGUGAUGCCUGUGAAUGAUCACCAGAAUAGUAAAGGUUAAUUGAAAGGGUCUAACUCUAGCUAAAAUCUUAAAAAGCAAAAUCCCUUGGCAUUUAUGGAGACAUAUAAAGUAUUUGAAGAGGAUAGAUCCCUUAUUUCAGAUGCCAAAGAACUAACCAUGAAGCAUAGUCAACUAGGUGGAUUCGAGCAAGAGUACUCAGUUAAUGAUUUGGAAUACUUUGAUAAAUCUUAGAUUGAUUAUACCAGCUAGAGUCACACACCUAAAAUGCUAAAGACUUAUAUGAAUGAUAGAAGAACCCCUGAACUGAAUGAAAGCAUGCUGCAGGUGAAUAAUAACUAGAAGAAAAAUAAUAAAAAUUACUCAAGCAAGACCAGUUAGGUCACCAGACAGAAUGUAGUUAAUAGAUACAACGAUGAAGUCAUUAAGGAGGAGUUUGAAUAUAUGACUUAGUUUAAUGAUGAAGAGAUUAAUGCAAUUCAAAUAUAGUAAUCGAAUGCUCAGAGUAAAACUAAUUGGUUUGACAACAACUAGAAGAAUUUAAAUCUUGAACUGGAGCACUUGAAUGAAUCUCCUGAUAUAAAUAUAGACUCAGAAGAAAUAAAUAACGUGCAUAAAAAUUACUCUAAUAGCUAAAAUGAUGUAAAUGAAAAUGGGAGCAAUAAUCAUUAGGAAUAAGCAAAUGAUAUUUAUAAUGCUCAGGAUGUAUGA